AUGCACUGGUUCUGGGUGACACUGUUGCUGUCUUUAAUAGCAAGCGGUGGAAGAACCUUCGCCGCACCCCAGUCAGAGGAACUCCAGCACGUAGCCACGGAGGCCGAGGUUGAGUUGCAACGACACUCCGAGCGGCAAGCCAGAGCUAUGUACUUCACUAAAUCGGUUCAGAUCGUCCCGACGAGGCCCACCGUAGCGAGCACUACAGAGAAAACCCUAAGCAAAAACUCCACCGGAGUCACACAGAAAAACGUAACGCUCAAUAUAACGACUGAAGUCGCAGCAGUCCUGUGGACGCCAGUCAACUCGUCCGAGAUCAGCAACACGUCUAUUAGACUACAAAGCAACACCACGAACAAUGUUACGGAGUUAUAUGCUUAUAAAAAUUUGACAGGCGUGCAGAAUACGACAUUUCCGUCGAAAAAACGUAAUUUGACGAGACCAGAUUACGUGAAGGACGACACAAGCGUUGAAGGAAUUUCAGAGAGCAGGAUCGUCACAGAGAAACCCCUGUCUCUGGAGACGACGUUAUUACAAACCAGAAUCCCACCUAUCAUAGAAUCUUCUAGGAGGGUGAUAGACCCAGGCAGUAACAGAAUGGACACGGGAGCUAUCGCGGGCAUAUCUUUCGCUGCGGUAGUGUUGGCCGCUCUAGCUGGAAGCACGGCCUUUGUUCUGUACCGAAGGAGGUAUCUAAAUAAGCCGCAGACAUUGAAUGACAAGUGUUCGAAUCCCGAUUCGAGCGGAUACCUUGAUGAUAGCACCAUAAGAGACAACUCCGAGGAGAUGUACAGCUUGGACAACGACUCCUUCCUAAAUUCCUUGGAGGCUAUGACUAUCCAAAACUACUGGACUGACACCGUGAAGCACACCAAGCUAUAA